CUGGCAGCUACUUCCGUUUCCCCUGGCAACAGCAGCGCAAAACUGCCCGAGUCAGACCAACAACAUUUACAGCUGGCUUUGUAACUGCAAAUAUGGCAGAAGUUGAAGAGACACUGAAAAGAAUCCAAACCCACAAAGGCGUAAUUGGAACCAUAGUUGUCAAUGCGGAAGGUAUCCCAAUCAGAACCACGUUAGAUAACUCCACCACAGUCCAGUACGCGGGGCUUCUACACCAGCUCACUGUGAAAGCAAGGAGCACUGUUCGAGACAUCGACCCUCAAAACGACCUCACUUUCUUACGCGUCCGUUCCAAGAAGCAUGAGAUAAUGGUGGCACCCGACAAGGAGUACUUGUUGAUAGUCAUUCAGAACCCUAGUGAAUAGCGUCCUCAUGACUCCGGCCCAGGGCGUCAACACAAAGCUUCAGCCACAAUGUGUGCCGUGUACCAGGCCUAAUACUGCUGUCUACUCUGUAACCAUCUUUCAUUUUGUAGUAAUGUUGCCUUGUAUUAGAUAGUUCCUGUCCUCUCCCAUCUCAAUGUGACUGACAAUUCAUCCUUUUAUUAAAUUAAAAUUGAAAUGCCAUA